CUGCUGCGCUUUUCUCUCUCUUCAUUCCUCUCUCUCUCACUCUCUCUCUCUCUCCGUCUUGUUGGACUUCCCUCGCGCUCUGAACAUGACCCGCGACUUCGCCAUUUUUUCCUCUCUCAUUCCUCCCUCCGUCUUUUAACGAUCCGAGGACGUUUUCUUUUUACCGGACUUUUAUAACAGAAGAAAAAACAAAACAGAACAAAAAAACCAAUCCACGAGAUAGAAACUUCCUUCGACACAGAUCGCUCCUCUCUCACCGCGACAGUUUUCCUCCACAGCCGUCAUGCCGGAGCCGCGCGGUUCUCCCUCAGACUCUCCGUUCUCCAUCCGGAACCUGCUGAGCUGUGACACUAAGCCCAAACCGGCGGCCAAACCUGCGAGACCGGAAGCAGGAUUCGGGGUCGGGGUCGGUCUCGGCUUGGGACUCGGCUUCGGGGAUUUCAGCUUGGCUCGACUCGAGCUCCUCAACCCGCACCGGUUAGCGCUGCCCGCGUACCUGGAGCGCGCCAGCUGGUAUUCUCCGCACGCGCUCACCGGAGCUGCCGCACACCUGUACAGCGCUGCAGAUAAAAGCAGCACGUGCUCAGAGAGAGACUCCCCAGAGUUCCGGUCCGACCCGGAAACUAAGGAAGAGCACGACGAUGAGGAAGAGGAAGAUGAGGAAGACGAGUGCGCGAGGAGCGGAGAGGAGGAAAUCGAGGACACGGACGCGGAAGAGCGGAAGAGACAUGCGGUGCGCGAGGCAGAGGAAGAAGACGAGGAUGAGGAGGACUGGAAACGGAGUGCGCGGGUGACACCGACGACGACGACUGCGUUGGCGGUGGCGGAAGCGGAGGAAGAGGACGAGGAGAAGAAAGCGGGACACCGGAAAAAGAAAACACGCACGGUGUUCUCGCGCAGCCAGGUGUUCCAGCUGGAGUCCACGUUCGACGUGAAGCGCUACCUGAGCAGCUCGGAGCGCGCGGGCCUCGCCGCCUCCCUGCGCCUCACCGAGACUCAGGUGAAAAUCUGGUUCCAGAACCGCAGGAACAAGUGGAAGCGGCAGAUCGCCGCCGAGCUCGAGGCCGCGAGCCUGCAGCAGCACCACCUCCAUCAUCACCACCAUCACCAUCACCAGCAUCCGCUUCACCAGCAGCACCAGCAGAGGAUCGUGCGCGUGCCCGUGCUGUAUCACGAGAGCGCGGCGGCCACUGAGGUGGCGGCAGCGGCGGCGGCGGCCGCGGCCUCCUCGUCGGAGAGCGCGAGCCCUCACCACACGAGCGCCGGCGCCAUCACGACCAGCGUGAGCACCACCACGCCCACGCCGCUCCUCGCCUUCCCGCACGCGCUCUAUUACCCGCAGCCGCACAUACCGCUGCUCCGGCGCACGUAGACUUUAUUUCAUUUUUAUCGAUAUAUAUACACAUAAAUAUAAAUAUAAAUAAUAAUAAUAAUAAUAAUAAUAAUAAUAACAAAGACUGAAUACAGUUUUUUUAAAUGAGAAAAUAUAAACUGAUGAAGAAAUUAUUUUUGUAAAACACAAACAAGUUUUCUUUUUUUGUCACGGAAAAGAUUCAUGGACAAGACUUUAAUCUUUUUAUAAAUAAAUAUAUUAAUAUUAUGUCACUUAAUUUUCGAUCCGUUUGAAACAAUCGGACCAGAGGAUACUUUUUAAAUGAGACUAAGCAUUAUUAUUAUUAAUAAUAAUAAUAAUAAUAAGAAGAAGAAGAAGAAGAAGAAGAAGAAGAAGAAGAAUUCGUCUCAUCUAUAAAAAGCAGUUGACUUUGUUUACAUGAUGGUUCUCUAGUUAUGUAUACUUAUAUACAUUGUGUGUGUGUGUGUGUGUGUGUACACAUGCGCGAGUGCAAUAUCGCAGGGACUGUGUGUUACUGUUAAUCUAUUCUGAACAUAUUUCCAGUUAAAUUUCACUCAAUGGACAAUCACAUAUUUUAAAGAAACUCGGACCAUUUGCAUUAACAUAAACAUGUAUAAACAGCAACAACAAAAAUAAUAACAAUAAUAAAAAAACGAAAAUUACGUUGUUUUGUACUCAGUUCCGGAUGUAAAUAUAAAACAGAGACAGUGAGCUUUGUACAGAGAGAAAUGGAAGAAAAAUUGUUUUUUGUUACUGUACCGCUGAUUCCUGUUGUGAAAUAAA